AUGCUCCUUGAAGAUGCGAGUAUAGAUUUAAACCGCCUGCAGUCGCAGUUGUUACGCGACAGUAAUCCAGCUCGUAUCGCAGACCCCAGCCAGCCUGCACUAAUAACGCAAUCCCGCCAUCAUCUAGCCAAGUCGGUCGACUUCAUUCAGUCUGCCGCGUCUGACUCGAUCGCGAAAACGAAUCAUGAAGAAUUUGGACCUACGCGACCCAGUCAAGCUCGACUUGCAGUCAGCUUCGGCACCACAUCGAAUAAUGGCACUGAAGAUGGCCAGCCAGGAGACGAAACGCGUCACCCUUUCGCCCACUUGAACCAUGACAGUAGUUCUCUGGCAUGUCUGCCAAGCACUGUACCAGAAACUCUCGAACAGCCGAUUGGGGACCACGAAUCUAAGACGGAUACUAUACCCAUGGAUUACGAGGUCCCAGAAACCGCAUCCGACAUUCGAAACACGCAAGGCAGCGAUGACGGAACGCAGGAGAUUUCGGAUACAGGAGUGCAGGAAUACCAAAAAAGUAUUAGAGAGACUGCCUUUGAGCGACAUCGCGAGCUUGUUGAGGAGCAGGAAGAGUUGCAGCGAAUACAGCGUCAGAAGCAGAAGGAGGCUGAAGAGCUUGGUGAAGAACUACAAGAGUUGCAAGACAUACAGAGUCGUGAAAAGCCACGAGUGCUUGACGAGGACUCAGAAGAGCUUCCAGACACUUGUCCAGAAGAAGAGUUGGACGUGCUCGAUCUUGCCUCUAGUAUGGUCGUGCCAGGCCCCAAGGAUGGCUCUCUAUCACCAAGUCAAUCGCAAGCACCCCUAACCCAAUUUCCGGAGUCACAGCGCUUUAAGACUCCAGCAACUGCUGGCAAAAAGAGAGAUCAUGCAAGCGACGUUGCUGAACCACCGCCUACCGAAUCGAAGAAUCCUUUCGGACGCAAUGCACAGAGAAGUGCUCCUGUUAUUGGCCUCAGCCAGCUCUUCGCCAACACUCAAGCUAUAUCUUCACCACUGACGCCUGUCCCCACGUCUGCUCUGCCUUCUGACAGACCUUCUCCUGGUCUAGAACUCGGCCGCCGUUUUCACGAUACAACCUCGUCCCCAAUGCAACUCCUGUCGGAGGUCAAAAGAGCUAAAAGCGAGCCGCAGUCAAUCUACAUAACAAUGAGUCAAUCUCAAGAUCGUCGCGAAGCUGCGGCUGCUGCUAGGAGAGCAGCCGAAGUUGGUGACGCUCAGGAAAGUGACGAUUCUGAUAUGGAGCCAGAUAGCAUGAUGCGCCGUCACAUUGCAACUCGGAUGAGGGAGAGGAACGCAUUACAGGCACUGGGAGCUGCUGACAGAGCACUGUCUAGCCCUGUUCAACGAAGACAAGAAUUUGGGAGACCGUCCAUGCAUCAGUCGAGUUCCCGAAGCCUCUCUAGCAGCCCACCUCGGCUUAAUGUACCUAAGGACAGGAACGAUUUGCACCAAGCCGAUGAAGGGCCAGAGACAGAGCUUGAUGUGUCGCCGGAGUUCGGUGAUGAGGGUGACAAUGGGGCUGGAGUAGCAUCCCAACCGCCACAACUUUGGACUGUACGCCGAGCCUUGCAUCCUACUUUCAUUCCUGACACAACCAAGAGACUGGGCAAAGACCUAGAUGCAUUCUCUAACACACAACCAAGUCCUACAGCGCGCCAAACUCGAGGUAGAAAGCCAAUGGAAGCACCUGAUGUGGAUAGCUCUGCCUCUGUUCGAAUCAAGAACUCGCAACGAUCUCGGCCGUCAACUCAAGACGUGUCCAAGAAAUUGACGGUGAAAAGUUCUGGUGAAUCUGUCGAUGUGGUACCUGCCUCACCCGAAGAUCAGCUUGUAGCUACCCAACCAUCGGAUCCAGCACGGCUGCAGGAUUUAGUGUCCGAGGCAACUGCUCACAACGACGUAAUAAUCAGGGAUUUGAACCAGGAUGAGGUUAUCCACGCUCGAGUCCUUGCUUUCAACAGCUCCCACGAAGAUCCAGCACUAUUACCCGAGUCUACGGUGUUGCGACAGCACGAUAUGGGACAACAAGAUAGUCACUAUUCGACUGCUCACACCAAACAACCACCAGCAAGUCAGAGAGAGGCAGAGAGCAGUCAGCCGAUACAGACAGGGCAGCGAAAACGAAAGAGGAUGGACGAGAUAUCCCAAGAUGACGCUAUGCCGCCUCCUACGCAGAACAGCAAUUUUGAUUUCAUGGCCUUGGAUCAGGACGCGGAAGUUGCCCAAGCUGUUGCUCCGUCUCCUGACGAAGAACCUGUGCCAUCACGGAAACGACUUCGGUACACGGAACCAGGAAGCACGCCGCAACAGUCUCCCAGUUACACAAGAUCUUCAGGUAUAGGUACAAAUGCUGAGAAGGAGUCGCCGGAACAUUACACUAGGAAUAGGGAUGCUAAUUUUGAGGUCUUCGACCUUCCAGCACUCACACCGGAAGCGCCUCCGCCAGUGGUCAAGUCCAAUACUCCAGUGAAGAGAAGUAUCCGAAAGUCUACCUGGGAUAUAGGCGAGUCUCCAAAGUCUCAUUUUGUGUCCAAACCACCACAAUCGCACACUCAACCUGAUCGAGAUGUGCCCCAACACAAGGAGGUCCAACGAGCACGGGGCAAGGUCUCCAAGAAGCAGCGGAAGACUCCUUUAACAAUGCCACACAUGCACGACACAAGCUCUGUGCUGCAAUCGACAGAGGCGACAUCAACUAUUCAGUCAACUCGUCAACCUAGUGCGCCAGCUGCACAGGAAUAUAUAGACCGGGUACUGGCUCCUCAGAUGGUAUUUGCCUACUAUUUUGGAGCCACGAGGAGCUAUUAUCCAGCACAAUGCCUGGGAACAUCGGCAGAUUCGCAAACUUACAAGAUCCAGUGGCCCGGCUAUGACCCCGAAGACAUGCCUAAACAUAAAAUCUGCUCACUGGAUUUGAGGAUUGGCGACGAGGUGAAAGUUGACCUUGAGCAAUUUCCGCGAGGGGCAUGUAUAGUUCGCGCAUUCUGUACAAGGGAUGCGACGAGGCAGAACAAUGCGAUCACCGAUAUCUACGGCCAUACUCAUGUUGUGGUCGAGCCCAAGGACUCGAAGGUAAAAGUGCCGAAAAGGUUUAAAAAGGAUGAGGGAAUUUCGAUUGGUAAUGUCUACAUCGGACUUGCGACCUGGAACCGAAUGCUCAAACGGACUUUCGCAUACCAACGAGCAACCACCACAACCACUUACGUCGCUCCAGAAGUAUCUACGCCACCAAUCCGAGCCUCAACGCCUGCAACGCCCUCCUCACGUGGCCGAAAAUCAGUCAAAUUCGAGGUGACCGAGGACAUCUCAGCACCUUAUAAAGACGGCAUAUUCUCAGGGAUGGCCUUUGCGCUUUCCUACUCGGACGACGACUCCAGCCGCCAACACAUCACGUCCUUGAUACAUGAGAAUGGAGGUACAAUCUUACAAGGGUCCUUCCGUGAUCUAGUCGAUGAAGGACUGAAACUCAAGCUUCGCUUUCAUUCCUGCGGAUUUACUGCUCUGCUCACGGAUCGACAUUCGCGAAGGCAAAAGUACAUGGAGGCAUUAGCGUUUGGCUUGCCCUGUCUUAGUGGCAAAUGGGUAGAAGCAUCAAUCAAGAACGGCCAACUGGCAGACUGGCAAGAUUAUCUGUUGCCAGCAGGAGAGAGCGUGGAACUUGAUGGAGCAGUCAAAUCCCGACAACUCCAAUCUAGAGCCUAUGAGCAAUUUCAGCUCCACGAAGUACUGGCAACAAGGAGGAAGUUCUUCGAAGCGUGUACCGUCGUCUUCGUCACGGGAAAAGGCAAGAUCGAUGAAACGAGAGCAAGCUACCUACUCUUUGUGCAGAUCCUGGGCGCGGACAACGUGGUGAAGGUGGCAGACUUGACUGCAGCUAAGGAGAAGUUGCUAGCAUUAGGUGACGAACCAGGGGGAGAAAUGCCUACGAUAUGGCUAAUGGUUGCCGACAGAGAAAGGGAAGCUGCCAGGAACCUUGCCAAGAGUCUCAGAGUGCCUAAGUCCACGAACAAUGAUGCUUCAAGCAAUAGGAGGAGAGGCACAGGUGACGUGCAAGAGCCAGCCACCGCACACUCACGGAUACAUGUCGCGGACAAAGAGUUCGUGAUACAAAGUCUGAUUAUGGGCCGAUUGUCGAGUAGAGAAACCUAUGAAUAG